GCAACGAAAAUGAACAAGUCGCCCCCUCUGUACGCGGCAAAUGCACACAACCCGCCUCUCCCAACUCACACUAAAGCUGCUCCUCGGGUUCAUCGCAGCCGUCACGCUGGGCAUGCUCUGCCAGCACCACCCACUGCGCCACGCUCCUCGCUCCGCAGCCGGCCGUCUCGCGCGCCUGUUCGGCACGACCGCGCACGGCGUCGGUCCAGCACACAUGGUCAUGACGUCGCCAGCGGCCGAGCGCCGCGUCGUCAUCGUCGUCGGGUCCGGGCUCGCGGGCCUGGCGGCGGCGCACGAGGCGCUCCGGCACGGGGCGCGCGUGCGCAUGUUCGAGCGCGUGGCCAAAACGGGCGGCAACAUCAUCAAAGGCGUCCUGACGACGUCGGCCGAGAUCGUUGGCCUUUCGACGACGCCGGGCGGCGCCGUCACGGGGGUCCGGUACACGCACGAGGCGCAGCGGCACGAACUGGCGGGGCUAGUCGUCUUGGCGGCGGGCGGGUUCGCCGGCGACGCCCGUGGUCUCCUGGCGCAGCAUCGCCCCGACCUCGCCGGCAUGCCGUCGACGAACGAGGCGCGGCCCGGCGCGCACGGUCUGCUGACAGAGGUCGGCGCCGAGCUCGUCGACAUGGACAGCGUGCAGGUGCACCCGACGGGGUUCGUCGACCCCAAGGCGCCGACGGCGCGGUACAAGUUUCUCGCGGCCGAGAUGCUGCGCGGCGAGGGCGGCAUCUUGCUUUCGUCCGACGGGCGGCGGUUCGUCAACGAGCUGGCGACGAGGGAGGUCGUCAGCAGGGCCAUCAUGCAACAAGGGCAACCCGCCGGAGACGAAGACGAGGCGACGGUGCGGCAGUGGGACGUGACGCUGGUGCUCGACCCGGGCGCCUGCGAGGCGGCCGGUUCUCACCUGGGCUUCUAUCUGUUCAAAGGGCUCAUGGAGAAGAAAAAGGUAGGCGAGCUGGCACCCAAUAUGAUCGAGGCCGUGGACCGGUACGCCGAGGUGGUCGCAUCAGGUCAGGAUAAGGAAUUUGGAAGAUCGUCCUUUGGGCACUGGAGACUGCAGCCGGGCAAAACGAACCGGGAAGAGGUCGUUUGCGUGGCCAAGGUGACGCCCAUUGUGCACUUCACCAUGGGAGGCGCUGCGUUCGACGCAGAGGCUCGCGUGCUGCGGCGGGGGACGGGCGGCGUGCUGGAGCCGAUUGAAGGGCUCUGGGCAGCUGGAGAGAUUACUGGAGGCGUCCAUGGUGACAACAGACUUGGAGGGUCAUCUUUGCUCGAGUGUGCUGUGUUUGGGCGAACGGCUGGACGGCAGGCUGCAAAGGCUUUGUCGGGGUGACGCCGUGUAUGGCCCUGAACCCCUGAACGCGAGCCGCCGUCGGUUUCACAAAGCUGCAAGACAUCAUCGCAUGGCCGUAACGUUUUUUUUCUUCGCA